AUGAUGCUCCGAGUUUUAGUGUUCACCUCAUUGGUAGCAUUGUCAAUUGCUCAAUUGACAUCUUCAUGCACAUCCUGCAAUUCCAACUCAAAUUAUGGUGAGAAUCAUUUUAAAUUUCUGAGAGUCAUAACGUCAUUACCUCAUACUUAUCAACAAUCAAUUAACAAAAUCAACACAGAUAACUCUCACCACCAACGACGACAUAAACGUCAAGAAUUCAAUUCUCACCAAGUUCCUGGCUUUCUCCCUAACACUUAUCGACCAGAUGCAUUCACUUCAGAUGCACGACGUCAAGAGACACUCCGUUUGAAUCAAGCAUUCUUUGAUUCACUUACACAGUCCCCUUCCGCCUCUUUCUCAUCUUCUGAUCCAAUUCUAACUCCCCAAAUGGAUUCGUUACCUCUUCACGUUCCAUCCAACAAUCAACAAGAACCACAAUAUCAUCACACAUUCAAAAAUCGACCAAUUCCUGUUGUGUUCGCUGAUCCAGAAGAUCCAAAGCAUCGAGAACCGACAAUAUUCGUUGAAGUUCAUGGAGAUGACUCAAAUACAACAACGAAAAGUUCCCCAACCCUUGAAUUCGUUCAGUUCUCUUUGGAACCAAAUGCAGAUGGAACUAUUUAUCAGUCAACACAAGGGAAUGAGCCGAGUUUCUUUGAAUCUGAAGCCACAAGAGCAAUUAUUGAAGCAUUAACAAGAGAUGAUCCGAGAUAUAUUCAAAAAGAUUUUCGACUGGAAUUCGUGGAUCCAGAAGAAGAUUCAGAAGACCUUCAGUUGAAGAAUAUGGAGAAAAUAGAUGCAAUCAAGCACUAA